AUAAAAUUUAAAUAAUAAAAAAAUUUCACUAAUUUAAUGAUAAAAACAUAAUUUUCAUUCAAAAUUGCUGCUAUAUUCUAUUCGAUGAAAAUUCAUUCAAGUAAAUAGAAUAAAUUUAAAAAAACAGCGAAAAUGAUGGAAGACAAUCCCAACGCAGAUAUUUGCCGAGUUUGCCGUUGCGAAGGCACACCAGAAAAACCAUUAUAUCAUCCAUGCAUAUGUACGGGCAGCAUAAAAUUCAUUCAUCAAGAAUGUCUAGUUCAAUGGCUUCGUUAUAGCGAUAAAGAAUUCUGUGAACUAUGUAAUCACAGAUUUUCUUUUAUUCCAAUAUAUUCACCUGAUAUGCCGAAAAGAUUACCCAUUAAAGAUAUUAUGAGCGUAUUGCUUAGAUGUCUUUAUACGGCAGCACGUUAUUGGUUCCAAUACACACUGGUUGCUGUUGCUUGGCUUGGUUUAAUUCCGUUAACUGCUUAUCGGAUUUACAUGUUUUUAUUUAAUUAUUCAUGGAGCGACGUCAUGAAUUUUACUGUUGAAUUUUACAAAAUUGAAACACUAUUCUCUGAUGGAUUUUAUGGUUGCUGCGUUGUUAUGUGUACGCUUUGUGCAUUUAUAUUUAUAUUAUGGUUACGUGAACAGAUAAUUCGAGUUGGAGCUCCUGAUUGGCUUGAAAGGCCUUUCGAACGAAAUGCUUUUGUCCGGUUGUUGAUGCGUGAUCAAAAUUUCGAACCUAAUGCAAAUAACGAUGAAGAAAAUGAUAGCGAUGACGAAGAAGACGAUGACGACGACGAUGAUGAUGAUGAUGAAGGUGAGGAUGAGGAUCAUGAUGAUGAAGUUGACAAUGAUGAAGGUGAAGAUGAAGAAGUUGUGGACGGAGAAGUAGCUGAAAUCAACAAUAACACUGAUAAUAAUCUAUUGAUUGAAAAUGAUGCUAUUAAUGACAAUGAAAAUGAAAACCUGCCGGUAGCAGUGGUUCAAAAUGCCGGGCCAGCCAACAACCCUGCUGGCAUUCCUGAAGCAAGAAAUGGUUUGCAACCAGGUCGUGCUCGCUUGCCUGGAGCCCAAAACAAUAAUAAUAAUAAUAAUAAUAACAAUAAUCCGGUUGUAGCUCAAGAUUGGAAUCCUGUAAUAGAAUGGGAUCGGGGAGGUGAAGAUAUUACUUGGGAAAGAGUAUUCGGUUUGGACGGUACAUUUGCAUUUUUGGAAAAUGUUUUCUGGGUGAUAACUUUAAAUACUUUAUUUAUAUUGGGAUUUGCAUUUUUCCCCUAUCAUAUCGGCAACAUACUAUUCAAACGCAUGAAUGUCGAAAUGAUUGUGUCACCACAUUUCGACCGUUUCAUCAUCAUUUUUAUGGGCUACAUUAUGAUUGGUGCAAUUUUGUUCCUAAUGCAUAUGGUCACAUCAUUGACACAAUUUAAUCGAAUUCAACGUUUUUUUGGCUUCUGUUAUAUCAUCAUCAAAGUUGCUCUGUUGGUAACUCUGGAAAUCGGACUAUUUCCUACUUUAAUCGGAUGGUGGCUUGACAUUUGUUCGUUACCUUUAUUCGACAGUACACUUAUGAAUCGUAUUGAAAAUUUUUUCGCAUCACCUGGUACAUCUCUUUUUAUUCAUUGGCUGGUUGGAUUAUUUUGCAUUUUUUAUUUUGUCUCUUUCAUAAUUAUGGUGAAAGAAAUUGUUCGUCCUGGACUUUUGUGGUUUGUUCGAAAUCUUAAUGAUCCGAACUUCAAUCCCAUCAAUGAAAUGAUUAAUUUAUCGAUAUUUUCGCACAUCAAAAGAUGUGUCUACAGUUUAAUCGUAUUUGGUACGACUAUUUUGCUAAUGAUUUAUCUACCGAUUUGUUUGAUCCAGAAUUUGAUGCCAAAAUUUUUGCCAUAUAAUAAUAUUUCCAGCAAUGAUUCGCCAUUCACUGAAUUAUUGAUUGAACUUUUUUUGUUUCAACUGGUUUUACCUGCUUUGAUCGACCAUAAUGAUCAUAAUAAUUCAAGAAAAUUUAUCAAAUUGAUGAUACGAGGAUGGUGUCAAGUAAUGGCAUAUUUAUUGGAUUUGAAGAGCUAUUUGUUAGGUGAUAACAACAACCUUAAUAAUAAUGACAAUAACAACGAGAACAACGAUCAAGUUAACGAAGACAACAUCGAUGAGGCAUCUAGUCAUAAUCAAAUGUAUCGAAAGCCGAAUCUAUUUUAUUUACGUGUGACAUUUUUGGUAGUAGCUUUUUGGGCUACAUUGUUAUUCUUCGGGGCUUUCACAUUAACCGUGCCUGUUUUGUUAGGUCGAGCAUUGAUCAACUUUUAUUUUGGUGAUAUUCGAGUCAAUGAAUUCAAUACUGCUGCAUGCGGAAUAUAUGCCAUUGUCAUAUUCAUACAAGUGACCAGCGUUGUAGUGCGCGGAAUUUCACGUGGUUGGACACAAAUUAUCACCAAGAUAACCGAAUGGAUACCUAUUAUUUGUAAAUUGACAGUUGCUGCAUUUCUUUUAUUGGGAUUGAUACCUUUGUUGAUUGGACUCUUAUUUGAAGUAGUUCUUCUUUUACCUUUACGAGUUCCAUUGGGACAAACACCUGUUUUCUAUCUUUAUCAAGAUUGGGCAUUCGGAGUAUUGCUGACCAAUGUUAUAUGCGCUAUUACGAUGAUGACCGAUUUCCAAUUUAAGGAAACUUUAGAACAGGUUUACAACAAUGGUUUGGCUAACAUAAAUCUUCGUGUAAUAUUAUUUGAUCUGGCAUUUCCCAAUAUUUCUAUUAUCGGUUUAAUAUUGGCCCUGCCAUACGUAAUUGUUAACACAUUGUUCCCGCUGUUUGGAGCUUCAAUUGAGCUUCAAAAUUUAGUAAAUCGUCGAAUACAUUCCAUUUUGUUUAUCAUUGCACUUUUAUUCUUUCUGAUAAAAUAUCAAAUCAACAAAUUCACGAGAUUUUAUGAACACAUACGAAACGAUAAAUAUUUAGUUGGAAGACGUCUUGUCAAUUAUGAACCAAACAACCGAAAUAUGGUUCCAACUUCCAAGUGAUUUACAUUU